AUUGUGAAAAUUCUGGAAAGAUGCCGAGCAGUUGUUGCAUUCCGAAAUGCAAAAAUACUACAAAAAAUGGUUUUCAUUUAUUCAGAUUUCCUUUGAAUCGUUCGGAUAUUUUAAAAAUGUGGAUCAAUGCUAUUGGAAGAAAUAAUUUUAAACCAACGAAAAGCCAUUUAAUCUGUAGUGCUCAUUUUGUAGCUACAGAUUUUAUGGAAAGACCUAACGCAAGCGGCGUGCGUUUAAAAAAUCUUGCUGUGCCUUCGAUAUUUUUUGAGGCUCCUGCUCCUACUAUUACUCCGGAUGUCACUACUUCUGCAAUUGAGUCUGGCACUACUCCUGUUCCUGCUAUGAUUAUGCCUAUUUCAUCGCUGAAUACAGAAUCUGCCAGCACAAGUGCUAUUGUUGAUACCAUUAAAAUGACCAUGCGAAAGCCGAGGAAAAUCAUGGACAGUUCGCUUUUAAAUUUGAAGAAGCAGGAAAUGAGUCCACGAAAAAAGAAAAUGUGGAGGACAAUUAAAUCAUUGAAGGAGAAGCUAACGAGAAAAGAAGAAAAAAUACAUUCUUUGAAGAACUUAUUGAAAACUCUACAGUAUAAUAACAAAUUAUAA